AUGUGUGCGGUUCUAAAUGAGGUAAGGAGACUAGUAAACUCUUACAAGGACGAGGAAGUGAGCAUUACUGUGACCGGCCACAGCUUGGGUGCUGCAAUGGCAACUAUAAAUGCCGUCGACAUUGUUUACAAUGGAUAUAAUAUGCCUCCAAGGCCACGCACAAAUGAGCCAAUCAAGGCAUGCCUCGUCACAGUCUUUGUGUUUGGUGUGCCCCGUGUUGAUGACGAAGGAUUUCUCAAAGUAUUCUCGGAUCUCAAAAAUCUUCAUGUCUUACGCGUCAAUAAUUUGCCAGGCGAUGUUGUCCCUUCCCUGCCACCGAUCGUGCCGCUGUUGUUUCCAUACGUAGAUGUCGGAGAGGAGUUGAUAAUCGAUACUCGCAAAUCGCCAUACUUGAAAAAUCUUGUUAUUGAUUCCAACGCUCAUAAUUUGGAAGUUUAUUUGCAUGGAGUUGCAGGAACACAUGGGGAAGAUGGAGAAUUUAAAUUGGAAGUGAAUCGAGAAGUUGCACUUGUGAACAAGACGUCGGAUGCUCUAAAAAAUGAGCUCCUUGUACUUGAUCGUUGGUGGACUACGAAGAACAAGUCUAUGACCCAAAACGACGACGGUUCUUGGGUGUUGAUGGAUCAUGAGAGUGAUGAUAUCAUAAUCUUAUAA